GAAAUUUCAAGUACAAAAAUCAUCAAAAAUAAAAACGUCGCAAAAAUUUUGAAGAAGGGAGUUAUUGCGAAAACGGGGUCACGACAUGAUGGACGAUCCGAAAAAGAUCGAAGCUUCAAACUCGCCGAAAGGUUCGCAAGGCUCCCAACCGACUCCUUUCAGCAUCGCGGAUAUUUUAAGCCGCGAAAUACCGUCCCAGGAAACGGAGAGACGUCAAGACGUUUCUGAAGAGGUUGAAAAACUGACACAUCCUCUUCAGGAUAAACUCCUCGUUGAAUACGCGCGUACCACGAGCAGCCACCCUUUGACGGAAGCCGAGGCUCAUCUCCAGGGAACCCGGUUUCCAAGAUUUCCAUCACCGGAGUUGAGCAUGGCUCGCGAGCUCGAUAUCCUCAGGCGAAAUUUGGCCCAGGCUAACCUUACCGGUUUCGGGAAUCUUCAGCACCUUGGACAGGGGAGCUUCAAGCACUUGGAAACCCUCGGGACGAUCGCAGCUUAUCAACAGAGUGCCACAGAGGCCAGAGACUCCGCACAGCGACAACAAGACGAGGCUCUAGAUAUGAGCAAGAGCAAGCUCUUCGAUGACAUCGAGGAAGAUAUUUACGACUCUCAGUCUCACGGGCAAACACUUCAAGGCAGAAAGAAGAGGAGCAGAGCUGCCUUCUCUCACGCACAGGUAUACGAAUUGGAACGGCGAUUCGCGGCACAAAAAUACUUGUCAGGACCAGAAAGAGCCGAUCUGGCUCGAGGCCUCAAGCUCACCGAAACCCAAGUCAAAAUAUGGUUUCAAAACCGAAGGUACAAGACCAAAAGACGUCAGCAGCAGGAACUCGGCGCCCUUGUCAAUUCGGGAUCCGCACGGCGAGUCGCGGUUCGCGUUCUUGUUCACCCGGACGAGCAUCUUCGAGGGGUCCCGCUUCCCGGUCCCGGCCAAAUUCCCGGACAGCUUCCCGGCGCCCAGAUACAUCCGGUGAACAAGGCGCUCUCCGGGUUUCCCUACUACUGCCUUCCAUAUCACCCCUUGUUGUGCCCACCGCUUCAUUCCGCUCAAAUACAAGCCCAGACCUCGAUACAGGAUAUGAAUCAGAGGCAACGGGAAAUGCAGCUUUCGAAAAAUGACGACGAAAAGUAAUACACCGUUUUAUCAUAGGACUAUUGUGAAGAUUGGAUGUACAAUUAAUUGGUUUACU